GACCACCAGCGUGCCAGGUUGUAUUCUGUCUCUGCCACUCGAAGCUGGUGCUUUCUGCCUUUAUUUUAUUUCUCCUGUUAAAUUGUAGUUCUGACUUGGGAUCUCCCACUGGUUUGCUGUCAAACUAUGGUGCACGUUUUGGCGCCCUAUGUGGAGCCAGUCCUGAGAGAAGUCAGAAUUGCAAUUUUGUGUCACAGAAACCUCCUGUUCGCCGUGGUGCUCGCGGUGCUUACACGGCUCUUACACCUUGCUCUCUGUCUGUUUCCACACAUGGGGAGCUGCCUGUCUGCUGUAGUGCUGCUCCUGAGCUCAGGGAAUGCUAUGAAAAUUGGUUUGUUGAUUUAUUGUAUCUAUUGCAUGAUAACCUCUGGGGAAGUGAACAUAACUUGGAACAGAAAUUCACUUUUGUUCGCUUGUCCUGGUCAGGGCUGCUGCAUCUGCAUCCUCCUCAACAAUCACAGCCAGCCCUUGGGGGAAAGAGCAGAGAGUGGUUUCUCCCUGACUUUCAGACUUGACAGAGCAGUUUUUGAAAACUUUGAGUUCCCUCUGGGUGUCAAAGAUGGCAUCAUCGUCUUGGUGUUAGUUCUGCUUUGUCUUCUCUCUGUAGCCUGCACCCUCUACACCCUGUACUCCCUCCACACCAUGCUUAGAGACAGAGAAACACCCCGUGUGGUACAGCAGCGUCCUGAGGAGGAUGAGGAGGAGGAGGGAAGGACAGAAUCAGCAGCCACCACGUCUGCACAGCCUGCCAUGGAGAGAAGAGGAGCCCAAAGGGCAGCCAGUGCUUCCACACAGACCGUCACCCAGCCAGGGCAGCCCAAGCCAGCAGCAGCUGCCCCCGUUCAGAAGAAGGAAUCCCAGAGCAAAUGCAUCCAAACAGAGACUGUUGAGGAGGUGGCUGGAGCCCCACACCCAGCAGAAGAGCCAGAGCUCAUCCCUGUCUCUCUGUCCCUGGACGGGCUGCGAGGCCCCCAGACCAACGAGGCCACCCUGGCCAGUGACAGCACUCGGGACAGGCAGCUGGGAUCCCUCUCCUGGGAUGUGGCCAUGAACCAAGGGAUCAGAAGAAGCCAGGGAACUCUCAGGCCCUGGCAGUGACUGCUGGAGCAUGGGAUGGGAACCCCCCUCCUCCUCAGCAGCCUGGGGAGCUGAACUGAGAAGAGGAACUCCCACCACCAGAAGCUCAUCAAUGCUGCUCCAGCCCCUCGUGGACACAGCUCCUGCUGGAAUAGCAAUGAUAACAUGACUGGUUCUCGUGAAGCAGCAGUUCUUGUUCUCAGGAGCACAUUUACAGGAGGAGACAGCUGUACCCUGACCAGGAUUAGAGGGGCCCUGCUGCCACCCAGCUGGAGGAGAAGGAGAAUUGGAUCUCCUGGACUGUGUGGGUCCAUGGCCUGGCACGUCUGACCCACAGAGGGACAGCUGUGGUGCACACUGGCCCUCGGUGUCCCCUGAUGCCACCAAGGGGCAUGGGAGUGGAUCCCAUUUCCAUUUCUGGGCUCACAGGAGGACCCCAGCAGCUGCAGGGAAUUACCUGGGAAGGAGUGGCACAAACAGCCCGUGGUGGCUGGCCCAGAGGCUCUGCAGCCCCAGCACAGACCGGCUCAGCAGUGAGUGCUGCAGAGACCCAAAGGACAGCGCUGGGCUUUUGGCAUUGCUGCUGCACAGACAGGAGCCAUCAGAGAGCUGAGUGCCCUGCCUGGUCCCUCGGAUCAGCCUCUGCUGUGGGACUGCUGGGGGCUGAAGAACAGCAGGUACCAAUCCCCACAGCAGCCCUGCACCAUCAGCAACUCCUCAU